UUUUCCCGGUGCGGACGUGCGUUUGGCGGUGGAAAUUCUGAAACACGUUCGGUUUGAGACCAAAAAAAAAUAUCACAAUAGUUCCGCUCUUUGUAACACACUCGGUUAUUUGCGGUUUUUUCGGAUUUUUCGCUUUUUGCACUCUAAUUUCAUUAGCCGGAAGAGGAAGGCGGGGAAAUGGCCAUGGAAAUGUCCACCGGGCAGUGCAAAUAAUCCUCAGGCAGAUGAAGAAGUGCUUAAAUUAUGACAUCGGCAUGGUUUAAAAAAUAAGAGAGAGCGCUUGUCUCUUCGGCUGGUCGUCCUGUAACCCAAAAGCCCCAAAGUGUGUGUCCUGAUAACAUCGCCUCGCAUCGCAGAAAGUAAAAUUAGGGCAAAAUGGAGAAGCCAAUGAACUUGCUGACAACUUGAGACGACCACAAGGAGGGGAGUCCCCCGUUGGGAGGUCAAGGAAUCCAGGAACCAUGGGCGACCUACAGGCCACCAUCGAAUUCGUCGUGGAGCUGCACAAGUUCUUCAAUGUGGACUUGUUUCAGCGCGGGCUCUACCAGGUGCGCUGUGGCCUGCGUGUUUCGCCCCGCUUACCUGUGCAGGUGGAGACGAGCAUUCCGGAAGCCAGUGGCCCCGGAAAACAGAACGGACACGCGAACGGGGGCGCCACCGACCACGGCAGCAGCGACAGCGAGAGGGGGGAGCAGCUGUCGCCGGGGGAAGUGCCACGCCUCCUCGAAGCGCCGGCGGGGGGCAGCUGCACAUCCGCCUCCGUUAUCAACGGCAGCGGCGCCUCCCGCAUCUUCCAGAUACUCUACCGCAACGAGGAGGUUCCGCUGCGCGACAUCAUCCACUUCAGGUGCCAUUUACUAGUUGACAGUCGUCACCUGAAGGAGUCCAUUGAACGGGCCGAGUUCUCGCUGCAGCUGGAGCUCUGGUUCGGCGAGCAGAACGGGACGAGCAGCCUGAACGGCAACGGGAGCGGCAGUGGAAAUGGCAGCUUCUCCGGAUCCGGUGGCAGUGGCUCCACCCUGACACUGGCCUCCAGCAGGAACCUGCAGCUGAACUUCCAUCCGGGCCGUGGCCUUCAUUACCAUCUGCCCGUGCUGUUCGACUACUUCCAUCUGGCGGCCAUCAGUGUGGGCAUUCAUGCCAGCCUGGUGGCCCUCCAUCAGCCGUACAUCAAGAAAAGCAUGUUCUCGUAUAUGAAAUUCUGUGCCCCUCGCAGUUCGAAGCCGUGGAGUGCGGGCAAGUUGAGCUGCAGGGGAAACACUUCGCCGGGACCCUUGGAGGCAGUGUUCUUCGGGCCCCAGAUAGGUGGCACCACCAAGUGCAGCGGAGGUCCGGCGGGCAGGCUGCUCCAAUCCAGAGCCAUUCACCGGGAGAUUUGCUGUUUGCUCUUAGGUGCCAUUGAACAACUGAAGGCCACUCUGAACGAGUUCAGUACAGUGUUACCUCCGAGUAUAAACUCGCAGAUAGGAUCUCCUCCCUUGAGGGAAAAUGACACGGGAGAAAGACUGCAGCUUUUACUGGAUCAGGCGAAGCAACUGGAGGCGGAGGAGGACUUCGCCAUUCGGGCCAAUUCGGAUAUAGCCCAACUGUGUGCGGAGAGCAUUUUCUGGUGGCGGAGGGUUCUCCUGGCCUCCAGAUCCUCCACAGCAGUGCACACACUCCUCGCCAGGAAACAUCACAUACUCAGGGUGCGAAGAUUCGCCGAGGGGUUCUUUGUGCUGGAGCAACCACGUCAUGCGGCGGCAGCUGGCUGCCAGGAUCAGGCAAAUGGAUCACCCUCGCCUGGACAUUGCCAGGGAUACGUGGCCAUAGCGGAGUUGGCCAGAAGGAGUCGCUACCUUCAGUCCCUGCCGCCGCUGCCCGUUCACUGUACGCCCAUCGAUGGCGAUGCCUCCUCCUUGCCCCUGAUCUUCGAGGAUCGCUAUGUGGCACCGAAUAGCACGUACUCUAGGAGAAGAUCGGGCAGUGAUCCCCAGCUGGAGGAUAGUCUAGCCAUAGUCGGAGCUCCAAAUCAGAAGAAAAAGGUGGACAAAACCCACUCGAGCAGCAGUUUGAACGGCAUCAAGGACUGCCUGGCCUGCCAUUUCGACUACGACUAUCCGCAGACAAAUGGAUCGGGUGGUCCAGCUCAUCCGCAUGCCAAGUGUGUGAUCACCCCGAGAUUCGCUUUGGGCGGCGAGGUGCUUCAGGCGAGCCUCACCAUUGCUCCCAGUAAGGAGCAGCCUGCGGAAGUGGCAGCAGCUCCUCCUACACUACGUCACAAUCUGUCCAGGCACUCGGUCACCGGUUUGCUGGAGGAUCUCGAUCUGGACUCCAGUGUGCCAGCGCGUCACAGCAAAUCCCUUGACCAACUGGAUGGGUGUGAGGGCCUAACCACGGUGACCACGACCAAUAACCACACAUUGCCACGACUCCAGGCGGAUGAUCUGAUGCGGAACAUCUGUGAGUUCCGGCAGAGGUAUGGGAAGUUCGACUAUCUCCAUGAGAUUAAGCUGCUUAAUCCUCCCAAGCAGCAGCAGCAACAACAACAGGUGGUAGUACAACAGCAGCACUGUACCAAUGGGUAUAACUCUCUGCCCAAGUCAAUGGUUCCGCCGCGGAACUCCUAUCCCCCACCCCCUCCAAGUCAGCAUACCACCAUGCCCAGGAGCAGCUCCUCCCAAAUCCCUCGAGCUGUGGAGAUAGCCAGGGUGAGGGUUUCCGACAUCAAGGAGAUGCUGCGGCAGGGUCAGUUGCGGAAGGAGUCGAGCAGUUCCGAGAGCGACAUGAUGCAGAAGCUCCAGAUGCUCAGUUCCAAUAGUGUGCCCUUUCGCCUGGAGGGAACAACCAGCAAUAAUAACACCACCAGCAGUGAUCCGAAUACUAGCGGUUUCAGUGAAUCCCUGCCCAAUUUGGCCCCCCCUCCCGAAUUCGAUUCGGAUUCCCAGUUGAGGAGGCAGAGGAGCAACUCCACUUCGUCGCUCAGCGAGGAGAGUGGCUGGGUGAGCAGCCGGAGGAGCUCGCUGGCCAUCUCCAGUCCGGAUACCAUCACCAGUACGGGUCUAACCAAUCGCCAGAGGCACACCCAGCUGAAUCUUGGCAUGGGCAUGGCCAUGGAGACGCGCUUGAAUGGCGAGCAGUUGAGAUUGAGGCUGCAGAAGGUCCUGGAACAGCAGCAGCUCCAACAGCAACAUCCUCACAAGACCAGGAAGAGGCAGGCCGUGGGAUCCUCCAGUCAAAGUAGGACUCCUGCCCGCCAGCAAACCGAGAUGCACAAGAAGAUCUCCUCGGUGACGGUGAAUAUUAAAAGGGAACGUUCUCGCUACCAGUUGGAUAGACUGCGUCAGCUUCCCAAUGGCGAGUCCACGGAGGUGGAGGAGAUGGAACCACCGCCGAGGAGGAAUCGUCACAAGGCGACGACCUCUUCCUGCGAAAAAUCCAAAUCGGAUUUCGAUAUAACCAGUCUGAAGGACAUGCAACCACUGGAUUCAGUUUGCUUGCCACCUCCCCAGCAGUUCCAGGAUCAGGAGCAGGAGAUGGCCUUGGUCCUGGCUCCGCCGCCACCUGAUGAGUUCCGUGAUCCACCACCAGAGCCAGCGCCUGCUCCGCCUGCUGCACUUCCUCCUCCCGCGCCAAAAUCCAAAGUAAUCCCUUGCCAUCUGCCACCACCUCCUUUAAAAGAACGCCAACCCAUAGGAGCCAUUGAUAAUCCAGUGUACCAUAUCUACGAGUCACUGCGUCCCAUCUCCACGCCGGCCAUCUUCAGUAACAAACCGGUCCUAAAAUCCCACAGCUUGGCGGAGUUGAAGAGACCCUUAAACCAGCCCAAUCCCUCCCUGAACCACCAGUGCAAAUCGCAUGCAACAAAUGGUAAUGCUCAGGAGAAUGGUUUGGAGCACGAACAGGACGAGAACAAGGAGAACUCCAAUGGUCAGGUGACCAGGGCUGUCAAGCCGAGCCAUACUUCCAAUCCCAGUUCGAAGCACAAACGCAAAGGUGGAGGACACCCCGUUCAGGAGGCUCCUCCCAGCAUCUCCCUGCUGGAAUUCGAAAAGUACCGCGAGGAGUUCCGCAAACAGAUCAAAUACCAGGGCAGCAUAUACUCCGACUACGUCCAGUUGGCCUCGGAACUGCCCUACUUCUAUAUAAGUGACGAGUACCGCGCCUUUUCUCCGAAUGGAAUGCACCUGGUCAUCUGUGUCCACGGGUUAGACGGCAACUCGGCGGAUCUGCGGCUGGUGCGCACCUAUCUGGAACUUGGGUUGCCCGGUGUAAAUCUCGAGUUUCUCAUGUCGGAGCGGAAUCAGGGAGACACCUUCUCGGACUUUGACACCAUGACUGAUCGGCUGGUAACCGAGAUACUCUACCAUAUCGAUAGCUGCGCCUUGAAUCCCGCUCGCAUCUCAUUUGUGGCCCAUUCCCUGGGAACAAUCAUUGUGAGGAGUGCUUUGGCCAGGCCCCAAAUGAGACCCUUGCUUCCCCGUCUGCACACCUUCCUCUCGCUAUCAGGACCUCAUCUGGGAACACUCUACAACACGAGUGGAUUGGUCAAUAUGGGAAUGUGGUUCAUGCAGAAGUGGAAAAAAUCGGGAUCCCUGCUGCAGCUCUGCAUGCGCGAUACCACCGACAUGAGGAAUAGUUUUCUGUACAGGCUGAGCCAAAGGAGCACCCUGCAUCAUUUCAAGAACAUCCUGCUCUGUGGAUCCAGCCAGGAUCGCUAUGUUCCAGCCCAUUCGGCUCGAUUGGAACUAUGCAAGGCGGCCAUGAGGGAUAGCUCCUCGUUGGGUACAAUUUACAGAGAAAUGGUGCACAACAUAAUCGCUCCGAUUUUGGCCAGGCCGGAACUGACUUUGGCCCGUUUCGACGUCCAUCAUGCCCUGCCCCAUACGGCCAACACUUUAAUCGGUCGUGCGGCUCACAUUGCUGUCCUCGAUUCCGAGUUAUUUAUUGAGAAAUUUAUGCUGAUUGCCGGACUGAAAUACUUCAGUUAACCAGGUCACUAAGGAACCAAAAAUACUGCUGACUUUUAAACUGUCUUUAGUAGAAUCCUAGAGAGUUAGUCAAGUACAGUACAGUAGGCGAAAGGGUGGACAACCUAUUUAGUUGAUAGCUCUAUAGUUAAAUAAAGACAGGUCGUUAUUUAAUAAGAGUUUUAGUUUAAAAAUGUUCAUUUAAAAUUCUACAAUUGAUAUUAAUUUGUAUUCAUUAAUAUUCUAGUUUUUUGCGCCCCUCACUUGUAUAUAUUCAAAAUUAAUGUGUACAUUUCCUAUUUACUUUAACUUUUUUAACGUGCUCUGUAUUUUUUAUUAAAUACCAAAAAAAACUUUUAAAACACACAGGGUACUUAAAAAUGAAUCGAAGACAAAAUAAGAACCAGAGUCAUCAGAUCAGCCAACUGAUUCCAAUUGAUCUUCGAUUGGAACAAGGAAUUUAUUAAAGCAAAUCGUUAGACUUGAAUUUUUUACAAAUGCAACUCUUUUGUAGCGAAUUGAUACUCACUCACACUCACAUAUGGAAAAAUCAAAAAAAAAAAGAAAACAAUGUUUAAUCAAAAACCUAUAACCAAAAUGGCAGCAUAAUUGUUGAAAACACACGUGUUAACGAUAAUUACAUUUUUAGCUAUAAGAGUUGAACGCAUACAAAGCAAAAACAGAAGCCAAAGACAUCAUACGUAGUGUUAAACUCCAGUUCAAAACUAUAAACGAGACUUUUUCGAAACGGUUGAAUUGCAAAUGAAAAGUGAAUGAAAACGAAAACAAGAACGAUCAUGUUAGUAUACGUAAUCUAUCGGUUAUCGAUAGUAGUUGAGCACGGCAAGGCAAGGUUGCAUUUUGAUGAAAGUAGCGAAAUAGUAUUAGCAAUUUUUAAGACUAAUCAAAACACAAACAGAGACAAAAUGGUUUUUUCCAAAUCUUUUUACUGCUAGAGAAGAGAACAAAUUUAGAAGAUUUAGAAAUAAAAUAGAGGUAGUGUUGAACUAGUCGAGUUGUUGGUAGCUGAGAGCAUUAUUGGAUCGUCAAUUAGAUUGAGAAAGCUGGACGAGUUGGAGGUUUAAUUGCAGAUUUAGAUUUUUCAUUGGGAACAAGAUCGAUAAAGCAGGUAGGACAAAACUUUGCGAAUUCAUAGUCUAGUCUUAGCCAUAUUAACUCUGUGUUUUCCGAGCUUUUUCCAAUCGCUGUUGUGAACUACUUGCUGUUUGUGACCCUACCAGAAAUUGCAUUCUUCUUACGUGUAUAACCGUCCUAAAUGUAACUACUUUAUCAAAUUGCUAAUGCGAAAAACAAAAUGUGUAACUGGUUUUAAAAAUGUUUGUAUGCAACCAAAUAACUGAAUGUGUGUUGAAAUGUUUCCUAGGGCACUACGAUUUUACUUGUAUUCGAUCAAAAUUGUGCAAAUUCCUCUCAGUUGCAGUUUAAAUGUUUUCUUUUCGAAUAAAAUAUGCUAAAAUUCAAUUUUAGUGGAACAUAA